GGCUGGAGGGGCUGGAGCAUCAACGCGAGUAGCUGCGAGCAGCCGCGGCAGCGGCUGCGCGUAGUUGCAGUUGCGCCAUCUGUCAGGAGCGGAGCCGGCAGGGAGGGGGCUGCCGCGGGAGAGGAGGAGGGGUCGCCGCGAGCCGAAGGCCGUCGAGACCAGACCGCCGACCGGCCGCGGGAGCAGAGGAGAGGCUGCACUCGGAGCCGCGUGUCCACCGCCGUCCGGGCGCGCGGCGCUUCAAGCCGAGCACCGAGGGCUCCCCGGGCUCACACAAAGCCGCCGCCCGCGCCUGGGAGGGAUCCGGCCGCCGGGCCGGGGACACCCGGCGCCGCCCCCUGGGCACUCUCAGAAGGCCCACCGGCUCCCGGGCCCGCCGAGGAACCACCGGAGCCGCUUCGGCCGCGCCGGAGGAGGGCGGGGAGAGGACCAUGUGAAUGGGCUCCGGAGCCUGAGCGCAGCGCAGUUUUUUGAAGAAGCAGGAUGCUGAUCUAGACGUGGAAAAAGACCAGUCCAGCAGCUGUAUUAGAAGACAUGUGGUAUAUAUAAAGUUUGUGAUCGUUGGGGGAAAUUUUGGGAGCUUCAAGAUGGCGGAAGAGUAAGACGUGGAGAUCACCUUCCUCCCCACAGAUACAUCAGAAAUACAUGUGCAUGUGGAACAACUCCUACAGAACACCCACUGAACGCUGGCAGAAGACCUCAGACCUCCCAAAAGGAAUUUAGAUAAUGGGCUGUGUGCAAUGUAAGGAUAAAGAAGCAACAAAACUGACGGAGGAGAGGGAUGGCAGCCUGAACCAGAGCUCCGGGUACCGCUAUGGCACAGACCCCACUCCUCAGCACUACCCCAGCUUCGGCGUGACCUCCAUCCCAAACUACAACAACUUCCACGCAGCCGGGGGCCAAGGACUCACCGUCUUUGGGGGUGUGAACUCUUCGUCUCAUACUGGGACCUUGCGUACGAGAGGAGGAACAGGAGUGACCCUGUUUGUGGCCCUUUACGAUUAUGAAGCACGGACGGAAGAUGACCUGAGUUUUCACAAAGGAGAAAAAUUUCAAAUAUUGAACAGCUCGGAAGGAGAUUGGUGGGAAGCACGCUCCUUGACAACUGGAGAGACUGGUUACAUUCCCAGCAAUUAUGUGGCUCCAGUUGACUCCAUCCAGGCAGAAGAGUGGUACUUUGGAAAACUUGGCCGAAAAGAUGCUGAGCGACAGCUUUUGUCCUUUGGAAACCCAAGAGGUACCUUUCUUAUCCGUGAGAGUGAAACCACCAAAGGUGCCUAUUCACUUUCUAUCCGUGACUGGGAUGAUAUGAAAGGAGACCAUGUCAAACAUUACAAAAUUCGCAAACUUGACAACGGUGGAUACUAUAUUACCACCCGGGCCCAGUUUGAAACACUUCAGCAGCUUGUACAACAUUACUCAGAGAGAGCCGCAGGCCUCUGCUGUCGCCUAGUAGUUCCCUGUCACAAAGGGAUGCCAAGGCUUACCGAUCUAUCUGUCAAAACCAAAGAUGUCUGGGAAAUCCCUCGAGAAUCCCUGCAGUUGAUCAAGAGACUGGGAAAUGGGCAGUUUGGGGAAGUAUGGAUGGGUACCUGGAAUGGAAACACAAAGGUAGCCAUAAAGACUCUUAAACCCGGCACAAUGUCCCCUGAAUCGUUCCUUGAGGAGGCACAGAUCAUGAAGAAGUUGAAGCAUGACAAACUGGUCCAGCUCUAUGCGGUGGUGUCCGAGGAGCCCAUCUACAUUGUCACCGAGUAUAUGAAUAAAGGAAGUUUACUCGAUUUCUUAAAAGAUGGAGAAGGAAGAGCUCUGAAGUUACCAAACCUUGUGGACAUGGCAGCACAGGUUGCUGCGGGAAUGGCGUAUAUCGAGCGCAUGAAUUAUAUCCACAGAGACCUGCGGUCAGCAAACAUUCUUGUGGGGAAUGGACUAAUUUGCAAGAUCGCUGACUUCGGAUUGGCCAGGUUGAUCGAGGACAAUGAGUACACAGCAAGACAAGGUGCAAAGUUCCCCAUUAAGUGGACAGCCCCCGAAGCAGCCCUGUACGGGAGGUUCACAAUCAAGUCUGACGUGUGGUCUUUUGGAAUCUUACUUACAGAGCUGGUCACCAAAGGAAGAGUUCCGUACCCAGGCAUGAACAACCGGGAGGUGCUGGAGCAAGUGGAGCGCGGCUACAGGAUGCCCUGUCCGCAGGACUGCCCCAUCUCCCUCCACGAGCUCAUGAUCCACUGCUGGAAAAAGGACCCCGAAGAGCGGCCCACUUUCGAGUACUUGCAGGGCUUCCUGGAAGACUACUUCACCGCCACAGAGCCCCAGUAUCAGCCUGGUGAAAACCUGUAAGACCUGGGUCUGCAGAGAGAGGCCUGGUCCAAGAGGCUUCCCCGCCCCCUCCCCAUUAGCUUUCAAUUCCGUAGCCAGCUGCUCCGAGCAGAGCAGCGAGAACUGUCCAGGAUCAGAUUGCAUGUGACUCUGAAGCUGACGAACUUCCAUGGCCCUCAUUAAUGACACUUGUCCCCAAAUCCGAACCUCCUCUGUGAAGCAUACGAGACAGAACCUUGUUAUUUCUCAGACUUUGGAAAAUGCGUUGUAUCGAUGUUAUGUAACAGGCCAAACCUCUGUUCAGUGUAAAUAGUUAUUCCAGUGCCAACGAUCCUAGUGCUUUCCUUUUUUUAAAAUGCAAAUCCUAUGUGAUUUUAACUCUGUCUUCACCUGAUUCAACUAAAAAAAAAGUAUUAUUUUCCAAAAGUGGCCUCUUUGUCUAAAACAAUAAAAUUUUUUUUCAUGUUUUAACAAAAA